AGGUAUUUUAACGUAAUAAUCGACGGUUUUCUAAGCGUACAAGUGUGGCUAGCUAGUUCUAUAGCAAGAGUCAUUGAGCUUCAGGUCCAGGAGGGUUCUGAAUGCAGUUUGUCGGUCCAGUGUGGUUGAGACAUGGCAGAAGAUCAGUUAAAGGCAGACGCCUCGGCUGGGGAGGGGGAGACAGAGCCCAGUAUGCUGCUGCAGAAGCUUAAAAGCAACAUUGCUAAAAAUGUGCAGGUUAAAGUGGACAAAAUUUUGGAAGAUGUACAGCGUUUCUCUGACAACGACAAGCUCUACCUUUACUUACAGCUACCCUCAGGUCCAGGUGCAGGAGAGAAGAGUGGUGAUUCAAACUCAGUCAACACGGCAGACCAGCUUCACACCUGCAACUGGAUCCGUAGCCACUUGGAAGAACAUCCUGACACCUGCCUGCCUAAACAAGAUGUUUACGAGACAUAUCGGAAGCACUGUGACAACUUACAGCAUCGGCCUCUAAGUGCAGCAAAUUUUGGCAAAAUCAUCCGAGACAUCUUCCCAAACAUUAAAGCACGAAGACUGGGUGGUAGAGGACAGUCCAAAUACUGCUAUAGUGGGAUACGUCGAAAGACCGUGUUAAACAUGCCAUUACUCCCUAACCUGGACCUCAAAAAUGACCCGUCUGAACUGACAGAACUGGUGCAAACCUACAAGCAAGAGGUCACCGAAGCAGCCUGUGAACUCAUCUGUGACUGGGCCCAGAAGAUCCUGAAGCGCUCUUUUGACACGGUGGUAGAAAUCGCACGCUUCCUCGUACAGGAGCACAUUGUUAACCCACGCUGCAGUCAAGCUGAGCUCGUCACUUCAGCUGCUCUGGCAGGCGGACCUUCCAAACCUCAUAAGGUAAUCAAAAAGAUUGCAGCAGCUUCCAGAGCAGGUGGAGCAGAAGAAGAUAAUGUCAGUGCAGAAAAUAAGCAAAAAGAGAAAGAUGGUGUGGAACAGCUUCCAUCCAAUAAGCAGCAGGUCAGCGAUAAACCAACCAAUAAGGUUGAGUCUGCUCGAGUGGAGGCGUAUAUGAAGAAACUGCCUCAGCUCCUUCCCAGAGGCACUAUUCCAGAGAAAACCUCCCCACCAGCCGAUUCGGGCAGCGUUCAAGUCACUUUGCCAAUUACAGUCACAACGAUACCCUCUCAACCAGGCGGCACAGUCCCCGUUAUGAUUUUACCAUCGGGUAUAAGUCUUUCUUACCCAGAGCAUGAGAAAACAUCAGUCACGGUCAACACUUCUGCUGCUCCAACUCCAGUCGUCCAGAGAGCACAACCAGCAGCUCCUAAGAGGGGCCCUGACCCCUCCACUGCAGUGUCAGCUGCUUGUGUUACUCAGAAACGCAAAAGAGGACGACCCAGAAAGCAAAGACCUGAAGACAUGGCACCGCAGGUACUGUCAGCCCCAACCUCAAAUCCAAAUCCAGCUUUGCUCACGAGAGGAGUAAUCCAAAAAGCCUUGCCUUCCUGUGCACCAGCCGCUCCUUCACAGUUGGUGGAAAUUGUGUUCCAGGACCAGCAAGGAUUGAUGCUAAGCCAACUUCCGACCAUCCAGGAAGUGACAGAUGCUGAGCAUAGAGGUGUAGUUGUGCAAUGUCAACCUGCAGCAGAACCUGAGAAGCAGCAGUCCAUCCUGCUCAUGCAAGGGCCCAACCAACAGGGUUACGAGCUGAGCCGCAGGAUGGUCAUCCAGCGUGCGCCAUUAUCCAGAGAAGGAAGGCCGGCUCCCCAAGAAGUGCCACAGUCCACUGUUUCAUACCUCCCACCGGCAACGUUAUUAGAGGACAGAGGAGAAGUGGAAAUUACUCUGACUCCUGUGGAGCCACAGGUCGAUUCCAUGCCAAACUCAGCAGGUAUUCCCAGCUCCUUCGGCUCCUUGUUUGGAGAAACUCCAAACCCAGAUGACCCGUAACAGCAGCACAGCAACUGUCUCCUUUCUCUGAGACUUCUAAAUGCGCAAUGCUUUUCCAGUGCUUCUGUGAAUUGCAUACUAGUUUGUAGUCAAACUGAAGUGUACCAUCUUGGCUGAGCUUGAUUGGGUUUGUCUUCUUUCUGUGUAAAAUGAUGUAUAAGAAGUACAACCUGUCAUUGUUGCCUUCAAACAGCAACUACACUCAUAUUUUCAUAUUAAUAAUAGGAAAAAUUCCUGAAGAUUUCAGGAGUGCUUUUGAAGAGAUUAUAAAUUAAAGUGGCCUAAAACAAAAAGUUUUGACAAGAAAGAGUGAACUUUAAGAGCAUUUAAAAUUGAAAAAAAAAAAAAAAAGAGAAAUCAUCAAAGUUACCAAUGAACUGCUUACCAUCUGUCGGUGUUUAUUACCAUACUCUGUGACAUAAGAGGGCAGUUGGUCUUUUUUGCUCUAACCAUCUUUGCAUGUUUGUGUUUGUAAAUAUGAAUUGAGACAUUUGAGU